AUGUUAGACAGUGGGAACUUAACAGCAUUAGAGACAGAGGUGAUAACAUUAAUGUCUGAAAUGCUCUAUGAUCAAAGUGGUCCAACCACAGCAUUUCUUGAAGCUAAAAAAAAUUGGUCGGUUGUACUGAACGAGGAGGUCAGAGUUACACGUGAAGUUCUCGUGAUUCACAAUACCAUUGCCUGCGAUCACAGAUGGGAAUGUUAUUUUCUUCACACGGAGCUUCCUUUAGGCAUGGUUCAAGCUGGUUAUGUAACAAUGACAGGUCCAUUGACUCAGUUAUCAAGAUGCAUAUGCAACUUUAGAAUUCAAGUCACAGCUAAUUCACCACGAUUCUUGCAAACAUAUUGGGAUUGA